AUGAAGCUUCUAGGCUAUCUCUGGGACUCCCUCGACGACAAACCCGUCGAGGAACACCGCCUCGUCCGGCGGCUGGACACUUUCUACCUCAUCUGGGCGUGUCUGUACUACUUUGUCAUGUACCUCGACUCGACCAACGUGUCGAACGCGUACGUGUCGGGCAUGCAGGACGACCUGCACAUGUACGGCAACCAGCUGAACAUCCUGACCACCUGCUGGACGGUGGGAUAUAUCCUCGGCACGCUGCCCUCGCAGCUGGUGCAGAUGAAGGUGCGCCCCUCGCGCUGGCUGCCGGCGCUGGAACUGCUCUGGGGGGCGCUCGUCAUGUGUAUGGCUGCUGCACCGAACGUGAAGAGCCUGUACGCCCUCCGGUUUCUCAUCGGGCUGUGUGAGGCGUCGGCGUAUCCGGGCAUGAUGACGCUGUUGGGGAGCUGGUACACGCCGCAGGAGCUGGGGAAGCGGUCGGUGAUUUUCCAACAGAGCAGCGCUGCGGCGCAGAUGUUUUCGGGCUUUCUUCAAGCAGGCAUAUAUAAUGGGAUGAACGGAACGGCGCACCUCCCCGGCUGGCGCUGGCUGUUCAUCUUCGACGGCAUCAUCUCCAUCCCCAUCGCGCUCGCGGGCUUCUGGCUCAUCCCGGACUCUCCCGCCACCUCGAGGGUGUUUUACCUGAACGAGACAGACCGGCAGGUUGCCCAGACGCGGCUGCAACGCGUCGGAAGAGCGACACACAAGGGAUUCAGCUGGGAGGUCUUGCGUUCUACAGCGACCAAAUGGCCUCUUUACGUGAUGGUCAUUCCAUACGUGUGCUACGUUCUUGCUCUCCAUAUCGCAUCGUAUAUGAACCUCUGGCUGGAAUCCCUCGAGAUCUAUACCGUCGCGCAGAUCAACGUGAUCCCCUCGGGCGGGUACGCCGUGGAAAUCGUCUGCGCCCUGUGCUUUGCGAUUAUCAGCGACGCGAUCGGCAAGCGCUGGCCGAUCAUCAUGUUCGGCGCCGCAAUGGGAUUACUCGGCGGAACCCUGCUGUCCGUGUGGACUGGGAUCCCUGUUGGAUUGAAAUAUGUGGCCUGGUUCCUUACCUUUGCGCCCGUGGGUACCGGGGCGCUGCUGUUCGCCUGGGGGAAUGAAUUGUGUAGCGGUUCCGCCGAGGAGAGGGCCAUCCUUCUCGGGUGGCUCAACACAAUGGGAUAUGUGUUCUAUGCGUGGGUGCCGGUCCUCAUCUACCCGGCCAGCCAGGCGCCAGAGUAUAAAGUCGGGUAUAAAGUGAAUGCAGCGCUGUGGGGGGUGUAUCUGUUGGGGAUUCCUGUCAUUCUCUGGUUUGCACGCCGGUUUCCCCUCGAACAGAGGGAGGAUCCAGAGGUGGAAAGUGUCACAUUUGAUAAGGUGUAG